AUUUAACACUCAAGAGGCUCAGAAAUGAAUGCCAGAUAUUAUGUAGAUACCGAGGGGUUUAUUCGGUGAAGCAGGAGGUGUAAGUUUGUUACAGGUCCUAGCUUAAGAUAAGAACAAUAAGUAACCAUUUCAAAGUCGACUUUUAAUCUAAGAUAAGGGAUUUCUUUCAGUUCUUUUCCUCGGGCUUUGUUUUUAACUUUUUUUUUCGAGAGAGAGAGGAUGAAAACAGAUGACCUGAUGAAGAAAACUGCUCUUACACACAUGCUGUUUUGCGACUACGUCUCGUUAUACUAAAGAUGGGCACAGGAGAGAAGAGGUGGCCGAGCCCAGGUGGCUGAGCUGGCACUGAGCUCAGGAAGAAUGCAGUUGUCUCCUGUUGGCACGAACAGACGUUGCUUCUUGGCCUCCUCGGCACUCUGCGCCAUCGUGCUGCUCCUGAUCCCGGCUCUCCAAACGACGCAGCGGCCGGGCGAGCUGCCCCGACCUUUUCCCCAUACCAGGCCUGCCAGAGGAGAAAACACUACAGUGUACAAAGGUGCCAGUAACUCUAAGCACAGCAGAGUAUCUGGGAUAACAUUUCCUAGGGACAAAUCCCAGAGACACUCGAUAGAUGCUGACUAUCGGGUCAGUUCACGGUCUAAGGAGCCGCUGGGACUGAAAGACAUUUUUAUCGCAGUCAAAACCACCAGAAAGUAUCACAAAUCACGGCUGGAGCUGCUUUUUCAGACCUGGGUGUCGAAAGCCAGAGAGCAGACAUUUAUCUUCACUGAUGGUGAGGAUAAGGAGCUGAAGCAGAAAGCAGGAGGCAACAUCAUCAACACCAACUGCUCAGCUGCUCACACGCGACAGGCGCUGUGCUGCAAGAUGUCCGUGGAGUACGACAAGUUCAUCGAGUCACAGAAAAAGUGGUUCUGUCAUGUGGAUGACGAUAAUUAUGUCAUCCUGCCGAGUUUGCUGAAGUUGCUGUCGUACUACUCCCACACACAGGAUGUGUACCUGGGCCGGCCCAGUCUCGAUCAUCCUAUAGAGGCUCCUGAGAGGGUCAGGAGUGAUGGAUCGACAUCUGUCAAUUUCUGGUUCGCUACUGGAGGUGCUGGUUUCUGUAUCAGUCGAGGGCUGGCACUCAAGAUGAGUCCGUGGGCAAGUCUGGGGAACUUCAUCACUACAGCAGAGAAGAUCCGUCUCCCAGAUGACUGCACGAUUGGUUACAUAAUCGAGGCGCUGCUGGAGGUUCCUCUGAUACACAGCAACCUCUUCCACUCACAUCUGGAGAACCUGCAGAGAAUGCGUUCAGUGGACGUCCUUCAACAGGUCACCCUCAGCUACGGUGGUUUUGAGAACCGGAGGAAUGUAGUACCUAUUGCUGGGGUGUUCUCCUUAGCUGAAGACCCUUCACGGUUUAAGACCGUUCAUUGCUUGCUUUAUCCUGAAACUGAAUGGUGUCUUCGCAACAGCCGUCACUGACUGCAUUCUUCUGGAGGCAAAGCAUAUUUGCAUUGUAUUUACGAAGCAUGGAGACAUAAUUUCACAACUCUCAAGGCUUCUCUUGUGCAUUAAUGCAACUGACUAGCAGGCUGUAGACCAUCUCAUUUUAGCACAUCCUGCAGCCUAUAAAUAUCUUUUUUUUUUUUUUUUUUUUUUUUUUUUUUUAAACUUAUCUCAGAUAAUUUCCAUUUUUGUGGAUCUGGUUUUAUUCACUUUUAUUUAAAGCCUUGUCAGCUCAAGGCUUUAAAAUGCUGAACUGAGCUAUACUAGUAAGCAUACCAUGCAAAGUGUAAAUAUCAGUUUAAUCUGUAUGAGGCGUCAGGUUGCACCUCCAGACAGACUUCCAGACAAAAAUAGGAGCAGUUUUGAAGAGGUACAUUUGAGUAACAUUUCAUGGUGGCAAUUCAGACCAAGAGCUCGAAGAAGCCUGGAAUUUAAGGCCAAGGAUAUCUUAAGUAGAUUUUAGUAAGUAGUGUGUUCACAAAUUAAUGAAGGCUCUUUUUUACAAGGUUAAGUCAGAGUAUGGAUUUAUAUGCAUCACCUGAAAACUGUAAGCAAAAUGAACUUUUUUAAAAAUUUUUUUUUACAAAUAAUCCCAGCCCUACUGUGCAUUAUACACAAAUCAGUCCUAAUAUUAAAACCAGCUAACCGAAAUUUAUCCAGAUCUCAGCCGAAUAUCUCCCUUUUCUUGAAGACCAAAGUCAAGCCAGGGCUCAGACAAACAGAUACCUUUUGUUUCUUUUGGUUGGCCCAUGGUUGUCACCAGUUUACCGGAGUAUAGUUGGUGACUAAGAUUGUUCACCUUGCCGUGGUGUUACAUUUUGGCUGAUCAGUGUAAUUAUGGUUGAAGACAAGAUGCCGCAACAGUAAUGCAUUAAAAAACUUUUUUUCUAUAAUUUUUUAUUUAAAUCAAACUAUGAUGCAUCUGCUCAGUGAUGCACAAACAUGCCUUUUCACUGCAGGUCAGUGAUUCAUGAGAACUUGCCAAAAAAAAAAAAGACUAAAGUAUUACUUUAGUAGUUAGCAAUGACAAAAAUGUUGAAAUGUGAAUUGAAGAGUUUUGAGCAAUGCCAUGCUGCUACCAAAUAAUGUUGCUGUUGUUUGACUCUUAUCCUGUACUUCUUUUCCCAUGCAAAUAAACCAUGUUGUUGGUUA